AUGUUGCUUAGGACAUUAUUAAUUGUGUCGUUAAUAGCUCUCAUAUCUUUUCCCCAAAGUUCUCAAGCUGACGAGCUGGACAAAAACUGUCAGUACAAAUGUACAACAAUAGCAAAUUGUCCAUCUGCACGUCAAAAAACAUUAUUGGGUGCUCCCGUGAAAUUAUGUAAUACUAUUGAUACUUUGGUGUGUUGUGAAGAAUCCCCAAAACCUAAAACCAUUGCCGAAAAAAAAUGUAACGAAUAUAGCCAUUUGGCAUAUUUACACAAACCGACUGAACUCGGAACACACGUAGCCAACGAAGUUUCAUUUCUUGUUUCUGUACAAAAUGAAAAAGGACGACACAUGUGUGGCGGAACUCUUAUAAGUGAUGAAUAUGUAAUGACGGCAGAACAUUGCUUUGAUAAUUUCAAUGGUAAUAUAUCUGUACUCUUGGAAAGUUAUGACAAGGCUGAUAAAAAUGCAUUUCUAAUUAAUGCAACACCAAUUAGACAUCCUAAGUAUGGUGACGAAGAUGUUUACGCUGACCUCGCAUUAUUAAAGCUGGACCAGAAGAUUAAUUUUGUUCACAACAUUAGACCGGCUUGUCUUCCUUUUGAAAAUCAUUUGAGAUUUACUAAUUUAGCAACCGCUUGGAUUUGGAAUAAUGGUUCCGAUUUAAGUCAAGUUCAUUCAAUACAGGUAAACCUGACGGACGGCAGGCCGUGUCCUGAUGAUUUUAAUCGUAGUGCGCAAAUUUGUGCAAUUCCAAUUAAGUCAAAGAUUUGUGCUGGGAAUUCGGGAAAUCCUGUAUUUCAAACACAUUCUAAAUCAAUCGACAGAUCUUAUCAAAUAGUUGGGAUUAUUUCACAGGGAGUGCCUUGUUAUUUUGGUAUUGAAAUGCACAGUUUAUUAACAAACAUUUCAUAUUAUUUGGACUGGAUUGAGAAAGUAGUAUGGCCCAACGAAACACUUUAAUUUGUUUACAAAUGUACAUAUACCCAACUGCAGACUAAAUGAAAUAAAACAUUUGUUUUAUCAAAAUUAUAUGACUUUACGCAAAUCGAAAAAUCGAUUCUUUGAUUUACUGUCUACUUAAACAGAUGAAAGUGUUCUGUCCGACCAAGACGGUUGCUGAAGAUUAGGAUCAUAUGCAUUAUAAUCUUUGCUAAUAAAAUAAGACUGUCUGCGUAUGUUUGUGUGAGAAGUGUUUUCCUAGCAUGGAAUCAGCAUUGGCUCCACUGUGCAGGACAUCGAUGGAUAUGAUUGUACAGAAAACCAUCAGUAUUGCACACGUUGUUCCGAA